UUUAUUUACAAUGACAAGCCGCUAGAGGAACAUGUUGAGAUUAAAAAGAUGUCAAUGAAUUUUUUACAAGUAUGUCAACAUUUUAUUUAAACUCCAAAAGAAUAUUGCUUCCAUAAAUUUUGUGUCUUAUGGAAUUUUAAAUUAUAUGGUUGGUUAAAAACAUAUUGGCGAUUAUUAUUGAAAUAAUUUUCCAUUUAAUAAAAACAUUUCAGAAUGAUUUUUUAUAGAAAGAAGAUUCACUUUUAAUGAAUAUUUAAUGAGAGGCUCUAAAAAUGGAGAAUAAUAUUUCAUUAAACCUCAUAAAAUGGGAUUUACCAGAAGAUAGUUUAGCACCUCUAUCAAAAACUCAAAAAGACUACAUAGCAUGUUUAGAAGAAGAAUCAGCUGCAUCAAGUCGAAUAAAUUUUAAUAGUGACUUAGAACAAUCUAAAAACACUGACAUCAAUCAUUUUGAAGAAAGUGAAAGAAUAGAAACAUAUUGGCAAUUAUUACGUUUAUAUACAGCCUUAGAAGAAAAACAUGAUGUUAAUAGAUGUUCAAGACACUUUCAAUAUCUUGAGCAAUUGAAAACUCGUACUGAAGAAUGCCAAAAUUUAUGUAAAUGCAUUGAAAAUGCAUUAAAUGAUUUCUCAGCAUUGUCUAAACAAUUUACUAUUGUAUCUACAAAAACAAUGACUUUACACAAUGCUACUGAACAGUUAAUUUGGGAGCAAGAAAAAUUAAAUACCAUCCAUAAUGACAUUGUAAACUACGUCAAAUAUUUCAAAGAGGCUGAUUAUAUAAUGGACAAAUUGGAAAUGCCUAAUCUGUCCGUACGAAGUGAAUUAUUUAUGGAACUUACUGAAAAAAUUGAGAAAAAUAUAGAUUUUAUUGAAGAAAAUAUCAAUUUUAAAGAAGCUAAUAUUUAUUUAGUAAAAUAUCGUCAUGCCCAGUCCAAAGUAAUAAUAAUGAUGCAACAAUGGAUUCGUGAUUUGUUGGAGCAUGCUACUGACAGUAUUUUAAAUCCUAUUGAAUCUAUUGAUCCUCACAUUAAAGACCAAGAAGAGAAGCAAAUGCUUGGAAACACAGACACAGCUUUGGCAUUAUUUUACGGUCGAUUUCAAAGGAUUUUACCAAAAAUAAAACCUGUUAUUGAAGUUAUUGAACGAAGAUCAGUAAACAGAAGAGAAUAUGAAGAUUUAUUGAUUGAAUGCCAGCAGUAUUAUUUAAUGAAACGAGGACUAGUAUUAGAUGCAAGUGUUCGAAAAGGUCUUGCUUCUAUAAAAAAUUCUCAUAAAGGAGAUCACUGCAGUUUAGUCAGACAAGCAUGUGUAUUACUACUUCAUGCAUCUAUUGAUGAAUAUAGAUUAUUCUAUCAAUUCUUUUCAGUAAAGUAUUCUGGAUUCAACAAUUAUUUGGAAGGACUUUGCAAUGCAUUAUACGAUACACUUCGACCGUCUAUUAUACAUAUUAAUCACUUAGAAACAUUAGCUGAAAUAUGUUGUAUUCUACGAAUUGAAAUGUUGGAAGAACAUGUUGAGAAUAAUGUUGAAUGCCUUCAAGGAUUUGGAAAUGUUUGUUUACAACUUCUUCACGAUGCUCAAGAACGACUUGUUUUUCGAGCUUAUUUGUAUUUACAAUCUGAUGUUUUGGGAUAUAAUCCUUCACCAGGUGAUCUUGCUUACCCUGAAAAGUUAAAAAUGAUGGAAGAUAUUGCUGAAACAUUAAGAGGAGAAAUCAAAUUAACAAAAUGUAAUAGUACAUCAACACUUUCAUUAAGUUCAAUUGAUGCUGGUUCUUUAGCUUUAGAACCAACUCGCAAUAAUAAUACUUCUUUUGAACCACUUUACAAGAAAUCCAAUCUUAAUAAUUCUCCAGCUGAUUUACAUGGAAUGUGGUAUCCAACGGUGAGAAGAACAUUAGUGUGUUUGUCUCGUUUAUAUAGAUGUGUCGAUCGACCAGUUUUUCAGUCAUUAAGUCGUGAAGCUAUUACAUUGUGUGUAGAGAGUAUUGAAAGUGCGAGAGAUAAAAUAAGAAAACGAACAAGUGAACUGGAUGGCUUAUUAUUUCAAAUAAAACACUUGCUUAUAUUACGUGAACAAAUAGCACCGUUUCAAGUUGAUUUUACUGUCAAAGAGUAUUCGCUAGACUUUUCUAAAGUUAAAAGUGCCGCUUAUAAUUUACUAGAAAAGCGAUCAAGACUUUUUACUUUAUCAAAUAAUGCACUAUUGGAAUUUUUUCUCGAAGGUGCUCCUCGAAUGAAAGAACACCUUAUUGAUUCACGAAAACAUGUUGAUGUGACAUUAAAAUUAUCAUGUCAAAAUUUUAUUCAGCAUGUGACUCAUCUUUUAGUUGAACCAGUCAUUAGUUUUCUUGAUCAAAUUAAAUCGGAAAAUCCAUCAAACAACGAUAAUAUAAGCCUCUCAAAUAUAUCUAAUGAAAAACUAAAAAACCCACAACACAUUGCUUCUAUUAUCAAUGAAGCAUUACGCUUCAUCAAAUUCCGCAUGCCCAAUAUUCAACAAUCAAUGCAACUCUAUUUAGCAAAUCGAGAAACAGAAUUUAUUUUGUUCAGGCCGAUUAAAAAUAAUGUAGUAGCAGUUUUUACUCAAUUAUAUCAAUUAAUUCAAAGUCAAUUUUCUCCUGAACAACAAUCUUUGAUUGGUUGUCCAUUACCUGAACAAAUUUCUGUAAUGCUGAGCUCGACAAGUUUAGUGCCAGCACAAAAUCUUGAUCACCGUGCUGGAAAUGAAACUGAUAAUAAUGAUAACGCUAACACUAAUCGUUAAUGUAAUUGUUAAUAUGUAUAAAUAAAGUAAUUGUUAUAAUUAUA